UGCACUUUCUUUGAGUGCAAAUCUACUUUUUUGUUUUUUGUUUUGUACGACGUGAUAGAAGCAUUUGCUAAAGCAACGCAAUUCAAUUAUUACAAAUGAUAUACACAACAAAGCAAAGUGAAAUUUGAUACGGAAGUGUAAAACUAUAGCCUUUGGUGCGUAUUUAUUGUGUUUGUUUGUUCUGUAUCAGUGAUUCAUGCUUCAACUAAAUCAUUCCAUUUGAAAGUGAAUGGAAUACAGAACAUUUUUGAGACGCGAAAAAGCAGUUUAUCUGGUGCUAUUCGUAAUGUGAAAAAAAAAUUUCAUAACAAAUUUUAUGUGCUAUGUGCUUGAAAAGUCAAAGUGUAUACAAUAAAAAUUAGUGUAGUAUUUAUUCGCAUUCUUUUACGAUUAAUAUAAUUCAAUAAUUCAAAGAGUGUAAGCAAAAUGAGUAUAAGAGCAGCAAUGACACGUCGGUCACUGAGUGCAUCUGAAGCCAUUGAUGAAGUUGAUAGUCCGGUAGAUGGUCUAGAAGAUGGUUCAUUGUCAAUAAUUCCAUCGCAAACAACAGGCAAUGUAACAGAUGUUUGGCGUCGAACGACAUCAAUUACGCGUCGUUCGCUACCCCAAGAUGGUUCGGUUUUGGUGCGUUUUGAAAUUCCAUAUGCACACAUAAUGCCACCGCCAAAUGAAAGUUCACCAACCAUAAAGAAGUAUGUUAUGUAUGAUUUAAGCGUACGUCAAGAUUCAACAAAAUCAACGGAUCCAACACCAGUAACAAUUGAACGACGUUACACGGACUUUUCGAAUUUAUACGAGGGACUGCGUGCCGAACAUCCAACAUUAUUGAAUCAAAUUCCAUUUCCCAAGAAAGUGUUUUUAGGAAAUUUUUCCGCCACAUUGAUUGCCGAACGCUCGGCCGCUUUUGAAGCAUUAUUAGACCAUAUUAUGAGCUUGAGCGAUUUACGCGAAUCAUCAUGUUUUUUACAAUUUUUACGCGAUACUGAAUUGACUAAGGCAUGUCGUUUGCUUGACGAACGUCGCAAUGAAAUGGCUAUACCUAUUCUAGAGGAUUGUUUUCGUUUGUUGAACAAAAUUUUUAUGGAUCGUUCCAAAUCGGUACUAUUGCUGUUGUGCCGUUUAGUAGCUGCAUGUACAACAUCACCUGUUCCACAUCCAUCAGCCGAAAAAUGGGCUGAAUUGGCACUAAGAAGAUAUGAUGGAGUUUCAGAUGCCGACUUAUUAACACUGUACAUUCCUCUAAUUCACACUUGUGUACAUUUGUGGUGGCAACGUGGACGGGACAAUCAAUUUCUUCAAGAUCGACUCAAAGCAUUAGAAAACAAAGGAAUUCCGGUUAAAAAUGGCAAAACACUUACACAAGCUAUACAUGCACUUGAUCCACGCACCGAAACUGUUUAAGCUAACAACAGUUUUUUCUUUGCAAUCUCCUUAUUAUUUAUUAAUGGUGUAUUAUUAUUCUUUUUUUUCUUUUUUUUUUGUUAUGUGACUGCCUUUGAACAUAUUCCGUACUAUGUUUAA